AUGGCUCAGAGCUUCCAGCUAACCGGAGUAAGAACCGUGGAAGAACUGCUACUACCACAUCAGACGCUAAACGCAGAUGACUUGAGACAACGAUAUUCCUAUCUCCAAGGCCUUCCUAUCGGCUCUUACUACGAUGCACGGCCAAGAAUCCUCAUCGGUAUGAAACACGUUCAAGUCAGCUUGGUGUUGAAAAGUAGAGAAGGAAACGUCGGGGAUCCAGUUGCGGUCAAAACACGAUUGGGUUGGACGGUUUGCGGUGGAAGAAAUGUAGAAAGCGACAACAUAGGCAAUCUCGUUCACUACACCUUCCACGUUUGCUCAUGUGAGCGAACGAAAGACGAUGAGCUGCAUCAGGCUGUGAAGAAUCAUUUCUCCCUAGAGAACCUCGGCAUUACGAAACCGAAGAAGCUUCUUCUUUCCACCGAAGACCAACGAGCACAGGAUCUUCUGAGGCAGCUAACGUCUUACGAUGGUGAGCGGUAUACAACAGGGCUUCUAUGGCGUCACAACAAUGUUCGCCUCCCAGACAACUACGCUAUGGCCCUUCGAAGGCAUCAAUCCUUGCAACACCGGCUCACCAAAGACCCAGAACUGGCCGAAAAACUGAAUCGAAUGAUGGAGGAUUACGUUUCGAAAGGUUAUUUUCAAGAGAAUCCAGUGGGUCUUACCGGGGACUUACGUGAAAUGUUUCACCAAGUGGGAAUCCGCGUCGAGGAUCAACAGUGCCAGCGGUUUCUAUGGUGGAACGAAAAGGGAGAAAUCGUUGUUUACGUGAUGCAGGUCAUGACCUUCGGGGCCUGCUGCUCAGCCAGCUGCGCGCAAUAUGUCAAAAACAUAAAUGCGGAGCGGCAUGCAGAAAGAGCAGCCGAAAUUAUCCAGAAACGGCACUACGUGGAUGAUAUGCUCAUUAGCCUGGAAACCAAGAAGGAGGCAAUACGAAUCGCAAGGGAAGUGAAGCACGUACACCAACAAGGCGGUUUUGAGAUCCGUAAUUGGAUUAGUAAUUCGCCGGAAGAAAGAACGGACGAAAAAGAUUUGGACCUUACGCCAGAAAUCAGCACGGAGAAGGUUCUGGGCAUGUGGUGGUGCACCGCAUCUGACACCUUCACCUACAAGGUCGGGUGGAACCGCUACGAUCGCGCCCUUCUGCUGGGUCAAAUUCGCCCAACUAAACGAGUUGUUCUACGGGUGCUAAUGUCGAUGUUCGACCCUCUCGGGCUGAUCAGUCAUUUCCUUAUGUUCCUGAAGGUCCUCUUACAAGAAGUAUGGCGCUCAGGGGUGCAGUGGGAUGAAGAAAUAACUGACGAUGCGUUUACGAAGUGGCAACAGUGGUUGAAGGCUGCAGUCGUUGGCGCCAGGCUGUCGAGGACGAUAACGGAUGCCCUGUCCAUCGACGUAGCCAGGAAGUACUACUGGACAGACUCUCGGGACGUACUGUGUUGGCUAAACUCAGACCAUCGACGGUACACACAAUACGUAGCGUUCCGUGUAAGUGAGAUUUUGGAUCUUACCGAGGCAAACGAGUGGCCCUGGGUCCCAUCUAAGAUGAACGUUGCAGAUGACGAUGGUUUGUAG